GGAAUGAAACGACACCUCCCAGCGCCCUGAGAGUGGCAGAUCCCUGCCUUGACUUCACUCCGUUCGCCCAGCCCGAAAGCCCCAGGUGCUGAACGCGCGAGGGGCUUCGGACAUGGGUUCCUGUGUGUACCGCUGGGUGCUACAGCCGCCGCCGCCACUUUUAGGACUCCUGCUCUUCUGCUGCAGUCUAUUCUUCUCAGGACUGGCCCAAGAAUGCCCGGCUCCUUGCCGCUGUCUGGGGGAACGACUGGAUUGCAGCCGCCUCAGACUGAGAGAACUCCCCGUGCUGUUUCCCAGCAGGACGGUACAGCUUGAUCUAAGCCAUAAUAGUUUGUCUUCAAUCAACUCUAGUUCUUUGAGUCAUCUUUAUAAUCUGCGAGAAAUAAAACUGAACAACAAUGAAUUGGAAGCUAUUCCAAAUCUGGGACCUAUUUCAGUAAACAUUACUUUCCUUUCUCUGAUAAAUAACAAGAUCAUGAACAUUCUUCCUGAAGAACUGAAACUAUUUCAAUCCCUCGAAACUUUAGAUCUCAGCAACAACAAUAUUUCUGUGCUUGAGAUGGGGUCAUUUCCUCCACUGGUGCUCAAGAAACUCCACAUUAGCAACAAUCGGAUAGUUUCACUGGAACCAGGCAUUUUUGACAACUUGGCUAAUAAACUUCAAGUCUUGAAGCUGAACAAAAACCGCAUUUCAACCAUUCCACAGAAGAUGUUUAAACUUCCCCAUCUCCAACAUCUAGAGAUGAGCCGUAACAGAAUUAAAAAAAUAGAUGGACUUACUUUUCAAGGACUGCCUUCUUUGAAAUCAUUAAAAAUACAGAAAAAUGGGCUUGUUUGGCUCAUGGAUGGAGCUUUUUGGGGAUUAAGUAACAUGGAAAUUCUGCAGCUGGAUUAUAACAACCUAACAGAGAUUUCCAAAGGCUGGCUUUAUGGCUUGUUGAUGUUAGAGCAGCUUCAUCUUAGCCAAAAUGCAAUCAACAGGAUCAGACCUGAUGCCUGGGAGUUUUGCCAAAAACUCAGAGAGCUUGAUUUAACUUACAAUAAUUUAGCAAAACUAGAAGAUUCAAAUUUUGUUGGUUUAAGCCUACUGGUAAGGCUAGCUAUCGGGAACAACAAAGUCAGCUACAUUGCAGAUUGUGCCUUCCGGGGACUAUCCAGUUUACAAACUCUAGACCUUAAAAAUAAUGAAAUCUCAUGGACAAUUGAAGAUAUGAAUGGUGCUUUCUCUGGACUUCACAAACUUAAAUGGCUGCUACUCCAAGGGAACAGAAUUAGAUCUAUUACUAAGAAAGCAUUUUCUGGUCUGGAUGCACUUGAACACCUAGAUCUAAGUAAUAAUGCAAUCAUGUCAAUUCAAGGAAACACAUUUUUACAAAUGAAGAAUCUUAAAGAAUUAUAUAUAAACACAUCAAGCCUUUUGUGCGAUUGCCAGCUGAAAUGGCUACCUGAGUGGCUAAUAGACAAUAAAUUCCAGAGUUUUGUAAAUGCCACGUGUGCCCAUCCUCAGGCAUUAAAAGGAAGAAAUGUUUUUGCUGUCAGCCUAGAAGGUUUUGUAUGUGAUGAUUUUCCAAAGCCACAGAUAACUGUCCAACCUGAAACUCAAUCAGCAAUCAAAGGCUCCAAUUUAAGUUUUAUAUGUUCAGCAGCCAGCAGCAGUGAUUCUCCGAUGACUUUCGCAUGGAAAAAGGAUAAUGAAUUAAUAGGUGAUGCUGAAAUGGAGAAUUAUGCCCACCUUAGGGCACAAGGUGGUGAAGUGAUGGAGUACACCACCAUCCUUAGACUGCGCAAUGUUGAAUUCAGUAAUGAAGGAAAAUACCAGUGUGUUAUAUCCAAUCACUUUGGCUCAUCGUAUUCUGUCAAGGCUAAACUUACAGUGAACAUACUUCCAUUGUUUACCAAGAUGCCCAUGGAUCUUACAAUCCGUGCAGGGGCAACAGCACGGCUAGAGUGUGCUGCUGUUGGUCAUCCCAUGCCCCAGAUUGCUUGGCAGAAAGAUGGUGGUACUGACUUCCCUGCAGCACGCAAGAGACGCAUGCAUGUGAUGCCUGAGGAUGAUGUGUUUUUUAUUGUGGAUGUCAAAAUUGAGGAUACAGGUCUUUACAGCUGCACAGCUCAGAAUAUUGCAGGCAGUAUUUCUGCAAAUGCGACAUUAACAAUAUUAGAAACACCCUCCUUUUUGAGGCCCUUGCUGGAUCGAACUGUGAUGAAAGGUGAAACAGCAGUCUUGCAGUGUAUUGCUGGGGGCAGCCCAUCUCCUCGGCUGAAUUGGACCAAAGAUGAUGGCACUUUAGCAGUGACAGAAAAGCAUUUCUUUGCUGCGGGAAAUCAGUUGCUUAUUAUUGUGGACACAGACUUUGAAGAUGCUGGGAAAUACACAUGUGAAAUGUCUAACACACUUGGAACCGAGAGAGGCAACAUUCGCCUGAGUGUGAUUCCUACUCCUACCUGUGAUUCUCCUCAAAAUGCUGCCCUGUCUCUCGAUGAUGGAUGGGCUACUGUGGGAGUAGUGAUCAUAGCUGUGGUGUGCUGUGUGGUUGGCACAUCCCUUGUGUGGGUGGUCAUCAUAUACCACACGAGAAGGAGAAAUGAAGAUUGCAGUGUCACAAACACGGAUGAGACAAACUUACCUGCAGAUAUUCCAAGCUAUCUGUCAUCCCAAGGAACUUUAGCUGAAAGACAAGAUGGAUAUGGGUCAUCAGAGAAUGGAAGCCAGCAUCAUUUUGUACAGACAUCCCCCAUGGGUGGAUAUUUCUUUCAACAGAGACAAAGCAACGGAUGUUGUCAUACAGAUAGCUGUAGUGAAAAUGACUUGGAAGCUGUAACGGAUCCAUUCUUAUGCCAUUACCUGGGAACUUCAGGAAGCCUGCACUUAAAAGAAAAUUUAUGUAGCCCAGAAAUGUUUGAAACAUACCAUACAGGCAGCAAUUCAGAGCAAAGAAUAGCAUGCAUGGACCUUUAUGAUUCAAGCUGCUUAAAGAAAAAAGACUGCUACCCAUAUAUCCACUCACCUGAAGAUCCUUUUGACCGAAACCUCACUAUCUCCAGAAUACACAUGCCAAGUAAUAAGUUGAUUCCUUCUAUUUAUCCCCCAAGUGAGGAGAAUGGAAUAAGAAGUUCACAUCUAAAUGUAGACACGUGUGGAUUUAAGAGAAAUCAAGAACUGUCUUCUGUUACACCAAGCACCACUUUCAUGGGAACAUUUGGAAAAUCUAUAUGGAAGCCACAGCUUGAUUCUUUGCCAAGCUAUAAGCAGUCCUCAGUUUUGCAGCCAAAAGCCUCCCAACAUUAUUCUAAUGAAUCAUUGGAUUUUGACUCGGCGUCUGAAGCAAUGGACUCCAGCGCCAUGCUGCUCCCGUCACUACCCGCGCUGCUGCGUUCUGGACCAGUUGGAGCCUCCGGGUGCUCCUCAAGGGGAGCCCCAUGUAGAGAGCGUUGCAGUAGUCAAGGCGAGAGGUGACGAGGGCAUGAGUGACUGUGCACAGGGAAUCCCGAUCAAGAAAGGGGCGCAACUGGCGAAUCAGGCGAACCUGACAAAAGGUCCCCCUGGCAACAGCCAUCAGAUGUUCCUCCAAGGACAGCUGCAUAUCCAGGAGGACUCCCAGAUUGCGAGCCCUCUCUGUGGGGGCCAAUGACUCGCCCCCAAUAGUCAGUGAUGGAGUCAACUGACUAUAUCGGGAUGCCGGGAGCCACAGCCACUCAGUCUUGGAAGGGUUGAGCUUGAGCCUGUUCCUCCCCAUCCAGACCCGCACAGCCUCCAGGCACUGGGACAUCACUUCAAGGGCAUCGUUGGGGUGGCCUGGGGUGGAGAUGUACAGCUGGGUGUCAUCAGCGUACUGGUGGUAUCUCACCCCAAAGCCACGGAUGAUCUCACCCAGCGGCUUCACAUAAAUGUUGAACAGAAGGGGCGAGAGGACCGAUCCCUGCGGCACUCCACAAAUGAGAGGCCUCGAGGUCGACCUCUGCCCCCCUGCCAACACAAACUGCGACCGGUCGGAGAGAACGGAGGAGAACCACCGUAACACGGUGCCUCCCACCCCCAACUCUUCCAGCCGGUGCAGCAUGAUACCAUGGUCGAUGGUAUCAAAAGCUUGUUAUAUCAAUCCUUCUGAAAUCUGGAUAAUUAAGCAGUAGUUUGAGGUUGAAAGUAUGACUAUUUUUGUAUAGGUGUAACGUAUAAGCAGAAAAAAAUAGAAAACAACAAUUAUGAGAAGCUGUAUAUUGCUGCUGAGGGUGAUGUAUGUGACAUAAAGUGAGAAUUACAAACGAGACAUAAUUCUAACUCCUUAAGAGUAUAUGAGAAGAAUAUACCUUUAGAUAUGAAUGUUAGCAUUCCAAGACAAAAUGACCAUAGUAAGAUGGAGACAAGAAAGAGAUUUAGUUUUAUAUCAGAAUGAAUUUACAAUUCUGCUAAGAUUUUAGUAGCAGUGUCCUACUGUGGGUUUCUGUUGUGAUGAUUCAAAGGCAGAAGUAGUCUUGUGACCUGUCCUCAAUCUGACUAGUGACAGUGUGUCUAUCCAAGGAUCAUAGAAGUACAAACAUGUGAAGGAUGAUGAAGGUGUGAAGGCUAUUGAACACAAGAAUGUAGCUUCUGUAGAACAGAAACAAGAUGACACAUAUCUCUAGUAGUCCUUCCUAAUUAGGAUACAUGCCUAUCUAUCCUACUGUAUUGAGAAAACAAUGAUUGGAUAUGUCUUCAAAGUUAAUGCUGAAACUGAGUGCACAAACAGGCAGGUCUAUCAUUUAUUUGUAAUGUUUAUUUGUUGUUAAGUGAUUGCUGAUAGAGUGAACCAGAUGCAACACAACUAUAGGCUGCACAAUUAUUACGUGCCAAAGAGCCAUCUCUGAAACCAACCUGCAAGCACAGGCUGAUUUUAUUCUCAAUAUCUAAACAUAAUCAUUUAAUUGCAUGUAAAACAGUUUAACAUGUUCACCAGGUAAUUCUACUGAAUUAUAAAGAAUGUUUGAAAAAAUAAAAACACAACUAUAGUUAGUUAUUAUGGAAAUUUGUAAUCCUUGCUCAUGCUGGAACAAAUGAUUUCAGCUUUCAUUUCCCUUUAAUUAUGAAGCAAAAACAUUUGAAUACCAAUACAGCUAGUGAUACAGAGUGCAGCUGUAUGUCCAGAAUUCCAGAUUCCAUCACAGUGAAAGCUUCUGAGGCCAUCUUCACCUUGCCCACACCUACACUCUGGUUAAGGCAGUCCAUAUCUUUGUAAUAGAAUGAAACUUCAGGGCACUUUAUAAGCAGGGCAUAAUUUUUGAGGAGCACUCUAGAGCUGUGAUGGCUAACCUUUUUUUCUUCAGGUGCCAAAAGCGUGCGUGCGUGCAUUAUCGCGCAUGUGUGCGUGCCCACACCCAUAAUGCAAUGCCCUUCCCGCACGCCCCACCCCCUGCACAUGCACAGGCGACUCCGUGCAUGCGCAUGUGACCCCCCGCUCCCCUCCCUCCACGCAUGCACAUGCGACCCCCAUGCUCCCCUCCCCCCCGUGCAUGUGCACACAACCCCCCCUUUUGGCCUCAUAUCCCAAAACAGUGCUGGGGCGGAAAGCCUCGCCUCCCAAAAUGGCUGGGAGAGGAAAAAAAGCCUCGCAUCCCAAAACGGCUGAGAGGGGAGAAAAGGCUUGCCUCUCAAAACAGCGCUGGGAGGGGAAUCUCCGGAGAUCUGAGAAGGCACGGGCAGCAGAAAGUGAAAAGAAAGGUAGCCCCCCCACCCCUCCCACGUAUGCAGGGCAGGGACCUGAAAAUCAGCUGGCCAGCGGGAAGCAUGUGCGCAUGUGCAGUGGAGUUGAGCUGGGCAAUGGCUCUUGUGCCCGCAGAGAGGGCUCCGCAUGCCACAGGUGGCACACGUGCCAUAGGUUCGCCAUCACAGCUCUAGAGGAUCAGAAGUAUAACAAGAACCCAUAUUUUGUUAUUCAUGUAGGUGUGUUGCAAACUCAGAAAUUUUGUGCCUUUGUUUGUUUUUAAAGCUAGGCUAUAACUAAAAGGAAUUCAAUUCCAACUAGGCAAAGGGGAAGUGAGUGAAGCAAAGUGAGUCAGAAGAUAUAAAUCUGCUGAGCUUUCUCAUGUAUUGUUGGUGGGCCUUCUCUCUCAACACAUGCAAAAUUGCAGGUAUUCCCUGAAAGGAGGAAAAAUUGAUAAUCCAUGUAUAUAAUAAUAAAUUUAUUUACGGUCACAGACCAAAAUGCAAGCAUAGCUACAGAAAAACAUAGGGAAAAGAACAUCACGAACAGCCGGCCACCGGAAGCCCCGGCUGAGAGGGACCACAGCGCUCUCCUCUAAUGGUUACAGCUCUUAGAAAAUUUUUUGAGACCUGAGAGGUAGUGUAUGAGGAGCCAUCCCCUAGACAAUACAAGGCCAAAUCACUAUCAUUGGGCCCACAGAAAUCUGUCUCUAAGAGAGACAUCAAAUUAGUCCUGGCUACGUUGUACAUGGGGCAGUGUAAAAGGACAUGCUCCACAGUCUCAACCUCCGCUCUACCACAGGGACAUAGCCGCUCGCCCCUCGGAAGCCUCUUGAAUCGACCGUCCAGCAAUGCUGAAGGCAAGACGUUAAAACGAGCAAGGGAGAAGACUCUUCUAUACUUAGGGAUGGUUAGAGUAUAGAAAUAUGAGGCCAUCCUCAGUCCAAAAUUAUUAAGUUGGCUGAAGACCAGAGGGGAGCAGGUUUUAUUGGCUCUAGCUCUCAGAUAUUGUAAGUCUAUGUCCACAAGCUGUUGGACUACCCUACAUUGGGCAUCUUUAAGGCCAUAGUCUCCCAUGGCAUCCCCCGAAAAACCUAACAGGUGGAGUUUCUUCGUCAGAUCCCUCUCCCACCGAGACGUAUAGGGGUCAGCUAACACCAGGGAGAGGUAGCUGCCAGGGGCUGCCAAAAAGAGUGCCCGAAACCACCAUUUAAAGGUGUUGAUCCACGCCAUGCAUUCGACUGAUCGAAUGCCCAGUUCCAGAUACAUCGGAGCAAAGCCAACACAGGGAGGGAGACCCAAAAGUUUCCUUAAAAAAGCAGCCUGCGUUCUUUCAAUACACUCCUUGAAGCCCUGUAUCCAUAUCGGAAUUCCAUAAAGAGUUUGGGCCAAGGUUUUGGCUUUGUAAAUACGCAGAGCAGAAGGAAUAAAUUGGCCACCUUGGGUAUAGAAAAAUCUUAAAAUCUGCUGAUGGCUACAAAAAGCUGAAUUCAGCACCUGGGUUCGGUGUCUAGUCCAAGCACCAGUGUUCUGAAAAUGUAUAUCUAAAUACUUAAAAUGGGAAACCUGCUUAACAGCAUUACCCUUAAUAGCCCAGUUGUGUAACUUCCGGGCACUAGAGAACACCAAGACUUUUGAUUUGUCGUAGUUAAUGGACAAGUGAUUCUCAGCACAGUAGGACCCAAAUGCAGAGAGAAGCCUUUUCAGGCCAAGCCUCGUCAGUGAUAGGAGGACCGCGUCAUCAGCAUAAAGGAGAAGCGGGAUCUUCGUUGUUGACAGCUUUGGGGUGUGAGACUCAAUACAUCCAAUAUAAGAGGCCAAAUCAGAUAAAAAUAGGUUAAACAAAAGAGGAGCCAGGAGACAGCCCUGCCUUACUCCACUCUUUAUCGGGAUAGGGUUAGAGAGUUCUCCCUGCAAACUACACCUGACCUGACUAGAAGUCUGAUUGUAUAGGGAUCUAAUUAGGAACAACAGACGUCUGUCGAUGGAGCUUUUGAACAAUUUUGUCCACAACAAUUCCCUUGGGAUUGAAUCAAAUGCUGCCUUUAGAUCGAUAAAAGCAGUAAAAAGUUUACCACCUGGUAUGGUGGCAUAUUUGUCAACCAGGUGCGCUAGGACAAAGCAGUGGUCCAAUGUGGCACAGCCUGCUUUAAACCCAAUCUGUUCAGCACCAAUAAUGUUGGACUCCUCGACCCAGGUGAGGAGUCUGCGUUGGAGAUAUUUAGCGUACAAUUUCCCAAUGAUGAAGAGCAGACUUAUAGGACGAUAAUUGGCUGGGUUGUUCCUAUUUCCUCGUUUAAAAAUAGGGACAAUAAUUGCUUGGUUCCAGGAGGUAGGAAUCCUGCCAGAAGUAUUGAUAUGGGUAAAGAGUGUUGCUAAAAGAGGAGACCACCACUUGGGAUUAGAUUUUAACAGAUCAGGGGGUAUAGCAUCAGGGCCAGGAGCUUUGCCUGACUUAAGUUCAGAGAUAAGCUCGUUGAUCUCAGCAUGAGUCACGGGGUGCCAGUCCGGAAUUGCAGGGGGCAGUUGUUGUCCGAGUCCGGUCGUGACUAUUGAAGCCUGGAAGAUUGAUCCAAAAUGGCUUUCCCAAUCUCUGUUGGAAAUACAACAGAGAGGGAGUUCUUGAUGACCAGGCAGCGAACAGGCGACCAUUUGCCAAAAUAGUUGGGUGUUCUUCUGCUGAAUAGAGAGGAGAAGUAGGUCCCACUUCUCUUUUUCUUUAGCCCUCUUUUUCUUAACAAUUAGUCCUUUAUACUCCCGCUUCAGGUGGUGAUAAUCCAUGUAAGUAGUGUAGUCCUGUAGAGUUUCUGAGAUCAACAGUGGUUGCCAUUGGGUUGACUCUUUCAUGGGGGAAAGAAAGUUAGGUAAAUGCAUUGAUUAAUAUCCUUUUCUCUUUUUUCCCCAGUCCCAAGGGUGAAAUGCUCCCGGUUCAGACCAGAUCGCCUGAUCCGGUAGCAAUGGCGGGGGGUGGUUCGGAGAACCGGUAGCAAAAUCCCUGCGCCCCCUCCCCCAUCAUGCUCAGCUGAGCCACACACAAUCAUCAGAGGCUUUUUUUUUUACUUUUAAAAGCAUCUUUUCUACAACCUCUUCCGAUGAAAAAGUGCUUUUAAAAGUAAAAAAAAAAGGCUUUGAUGAUCACGCGGCUCAGCUGGGCAUCAGAGGCUUUUCAAAGCAUUUUUUUCUGCAACCUCUUGGCCGAAGAGUUGGUAAAAAAAUGCUUUGAAAAGUCUCUGAUGAUCCCAGCUGAGUUCCUGAUCGGCAGAGAGGCUUUUCAAAGCAUUAGAAAAAAUGCUUUGAAAAGUUUUUUUUAAAAAGUUGGCCGCGCCCACCCAGUCACAUUACCACCACCACCAAGCCACGCCAACAGAACUGGUAGUAACAGAUUUUACAUUUCACCCCUGCCCAGUCCUUAAUAAAAUACACUAAUUUUGUACGUGAUUCAAUGCAGACACAGAAAAAUUCUGCAGACUUAACACCAUUUACUGACAGAAACUUAGGCAAAAUGCUGCCAGCAAAAUAUAGUGUGUGGUUUAUGACCUCAUCAGCUGCCAAGCUUGCCUUGUGGGUGGCCAGGGGUGUGUUAAUAGGUUCCUUGUCAUGAGCAACCUUAGUGCCAAUAUUAUCCUUCCCUGGCUCAGAGAAAGGCUAAAUCUGUGCCAUCAAUCUACAGCUAUGUGCCUCCUUGCCCUAGUUUUUAAGAUAGCAAUUACAAUGGGAAUAAUCUGUCACUCCCAAGGCAGAUACAUGCCUCAUGCCACACACACUUGCCUCAUUAUGUCAUUUAUGUGGCAAUAUUUUUUAAAAAAUAUCUGACUCAAAAGAUUGCCAUCUUUCUUUCCUCAUUAUAUGUGGGUGGGUAGCUGUGGCUUUGCUACUUGGAAGUAUUUUAAAUCUAUGUCUGUUUCUAAGACAUAAAUAUAUUGAUGCUAACGGAAUAUCUUCCCAGGCAAGAAAACUUGACUAUCUAACAUCAGGUCUCUAGUAUGAAACUAUGAGUACAAAAGUAGCCUGUGUGGGGAAGUGUUAAAAAGGCAAUGCUGCAUUUGUUGUGGGAAUUCAGUGCAUAAAUAAAGAGUGAGCCCCUCCAAGAAAAAAAAUGCCCUGUGUAUAUAGCAGCAUUUUUAGUUUGUCAGCAGAAUAAACAAACUAGGGUAAGAAAGCAAUAAUCAAUCCAGUUGAUAUAUUUUCCCCUGAAUGGUAGCAGGAAUAUGGCAAAAUAGAGUUCGAACGCUUUAUUUAUAAUCUUUCACUCCAGAGUUCAAUGACUCAUGUAUAGCACUUCCCCCCCACCCCCAAUAACACCAAGAGUUAGUGAUAAUGACAGGCCUGCAGUAAGUGACUUAUAGAGCUUCCAUGGCUGAAACUGGACUUGAAGCUAGGUUUUCCUUGUUUCAGGCCUAUAUCUCAUUGAUUAGGAAAGUUGAAGGAGCUCUGAAACCUUGGGGCAGAGUUGGGAGAUCUGUGACCCAUUAGUCUUUUCUAGCCAAUGACAGGAUCUCAAAAGAGGCCUAUGCCUACCACUACCUCACUUUACUGAUCCUGUUAGUGCUUCUACAGAAAUGCUGGCAUGGUCAGACCCUUUCUCCCCAUAUGCCCCCUUUCCCCUUUAGAGGGGAAGAUAUUUUCUAAUUGGGAAUCAUGCCAGGAAAUUCUAGGCUGAACCGUAUGUUUUCUAACACAUGUAUUCUUCCAUUGGGAGAAAUGAAGCAACUUUUUCUCUGGCAUUUAAAGAGAGCAAUAAUUUCCUGUGAUUCCUCUUCAGAAAUAGUGACAAUAUGACUUCUGUGAAGUCAUGAAGUUAUGUCAUAUAAACACCAGCCGAGUGUUUCCCAAAGUGUAUUCUGAGAAUACUCUCAGAGAUCCAUAAAAUCAAAAUUAUUGCCAGCUUAUUUUGAAAAAUAACAUUAAAAUUCCAUCAAAUAACCACAAUAAACAGGAGUGCCAUCAAAUGAGUCAAUUUUAAUUAUUAAUGCAAUAAAUAUUGAUAAAUAUUACCCAUACAAGUAAAUGUUCUUGGGGGCGGUCAGUGUAUAAGAAUUUAUGAACUGGAAUAGCCAUAACAACAAGUCAGCCAAUGGGAACUGUUUGGUAACUGAGACACAGGAUUUGUUGUGAGCCAUGUAAGAUGGCUUGGAAUCUGGACGUGGCUUAGCUUAACUGUUCUGUGUAUAUAAGAGUUUAUUUGCCUUUGCUUGAGUGUCCUUGCUUCUAUUUCUAUUUCUUGUCCUUGCUACCUCUUCUCUCUACCACAUUGGAAGAGCUGCAUGGGUAUUGUAUAUAUGCAUCAUGUUUUAUAUUAUUGUACAUAAAGAAGUUUCUUCUAUAAAU